UGUCAGAGAGUCUCACCAGACCGUGAACGCAGCACCGGUGCGCUCUGCAGAAGCUGCUCUCGCUCCUGCAGCAGCAGAGGAGAGAGAAACUCCACGAACACAACAGGUUGGAGCUGUUUGACUUUCUGCGCAUUGAUAUUUUCAUUCUAUAGUUUUUCAUAAAGUGAAAUAGUGAAAAAUGCAAAUCUCUGCAAGGUUGAUGCUCGCAUGUAGUGUGGAAAUUUGACUUUCGGUAUUUUUGGUUAAGUAGAGCAUCCUGAAGAGGUCAGGUAACCAUCACAAGUGCUGACUUCUUUAAUAAAACUUUUUAUACACAAUACUUGGAGCCGCAUCACUUUCCAGGGUGUCCAGGGACUUCUUCGAGAUGUUCUCCGCGACUCUCCUCCUCACUGCGCUCUGCGUCUUUGCGCACAUGGACACUUUUACGCACGGCUGCCAGCUGCCCUCCGAGUGGCGGCCGCUGAGCGAGGGCUGCCGAGCGGAGCUGGCGGAGAUCAUCGUGUACGCCCGGGUCCUGGCGCUCCACCGGGAGCCCCUAGGCGGCGGGGCGGGCAGCCUGUACAACUCGCUGUCCUUCGGGUUCGGGUACGGCUACGAGGGCGCAGAGGAAGGGCUGCUGUACUCGGCGGAGGUGGAGCUGCUGUGCGACCAGGCUUGGGGCAGCAUGCUGGAGGUACCAUCCGGAUCCAGGCUCAAUCUCACUGGGCUGGGGUACCUGUCCUGCCAGUCCCACACGGUGAUGGAGAACUACUCCUACUUCUUCUUCCUCAGGUGA